AUGGAGGCUCUUGAAGUUGAUGACGUUAGCCCUGCCUUGGAAGUGACUGAAGACUUUUUCAAUAGUUUUGAUACUAAGCUUGAAAAGAUUGUGCAGCCCUCUGAGGUGUACGGUGUACAGGAGGUCCCUGAACUGGUUGGGCAUGAGGUAUUUGAUCAGAUAAGAGACAGCAGGAACCUGAGGAACGUCGCCUCCUUAGCCAAAGGUAGCCUUAUCUGGGAUCACUGCAAAAAUGGCCUCUUGGAAACCAAAGCUCAGACAGCAUUCCCUGCCAAAGACCCACGUGUGGUGCAGAGGAGAACAGCUACUGACAACCUUGUUUGGGCAGGAGAAGGGGAGACCACAGCUUUUAACAUCUUCAGUAUCUGCCAGCGGAGGAGAGACAGGCCUCGCUCAGUGAACGACAUCCUGGUGCAGAAUGAGGAAGCCUCCACGUUCAAGCCAGGACACAACAGGUCCCGCUCUGAUAUCAGCCAUGUAAACUGGGCAGUGGUCGUCACGGGCACCUCCUUGCAGCAGCCAGCUGCUCCUGGUCGGGACAAUAACUGCGCUCUGCUCUCUUACCUGGCGUUAACCGAGGGAGAGGACAUCCAGGGAAACACAGAACACAAGCCGAUGUUCCCAAAUAUUCUGAAGAAGGGAUACUUAGAAAUUAGAAGAGACAAUGACAGCUACUGGCAAACCUGUUACGCUGAGCUUUCCCCAUACAAACUGUACCUGUAUUGCUUGGACAGAAGUGGCAACCAGACUCUUCCCACUGUGUAUCCACUCAUGCGUUUUAAAAGGGUUACUGUUACUGGUUGCAUGGAAACCAAGGUGGUGGAUGCUGUCCUGUCAGACAACUCGCAACUACAGCUGAAGGCGGAGUCCUCAUGGGAGGCUUUGGACUGGGGACAGAAACUCUGGGAAGCAGUGCGUACUUCUGUGCCUGCUUUCACAGCGCAGCAGGAGAAACUGGAAAAUGUGCCAAAGCCUGAAAAUAACAGUGACUUUUCUCAAACCAAUGGAUUGAUACAGAAGCCCAUGGAGCUCUUCCUAUCCAUGAAUUUGACUGCAAACACUAAAGAGUACCAAAAUAUUCUCAAAUCAGGGACUCUUUAUAGGUUAACUGUCCAGAACAACUGGAAGGCAUUUACUUUUGUCUUAAACAGGUCUUAUCUCAUGGCAUUCCAACCGGGUAGGCUUGAUGAAGAUCCUCUGCUGAGCUACAAUGUUGACGUGUGCUUGUCAGUGCAGACAGAUACUCAGGAUGGCUGUGACUCUUGCUUUCAGGUAAUUUUUCCUCAAGAUGUUCUCCGUCUGCGUGCAGAGACGCAUCAGAGGGCCCAGGAGUGGAUGGAGGCACUGAGAGCAGCAGCCAAUGCUACCAGAAGUUUAACUCAGAACCCACAGGUCACACUUAGGAACAAACCUGGAGAUCGGCCCUUUGGAAACGAUCUUAGAAAAAGCAAGCGCCAAUCUGUGACCACCAGCUUCCUGAGCAUCCUGACCACACUCUCUCUAGAGAGAGGGCUCACAGUUCAGAGCUUCAAGUGUGCAGGCUGUCAGCGCUCCAUAGGUUUGUCCAAUGGGAAAGCCAAGGUGUGCAGCUACAGUGGAUGGUAUUACUGCAGCACCUGCCACGUGGAUGACAGCUUCCUCAUCCCUGCACGUCUGGUUCAUAACUGGGACACUUCCAAAUACAAGGUAUCAAAGCAAGCCAAAGAAUUCCUGGAAUAUGUUUAUGAGGAGCCAUUGAUUGAUAUCCAGCAGGAGAAUCCCAUGUUGUACAAGCAUGCUGAGCCUCUGGCAACCGUUGUCCGCCUGAGACAGCAGUUAAAAUCUCUCCGAGCCUAUCUGUUCAGCUGCAGAGCAGCAGUGGCUGAAGAUCUGCGUCGAAGGAUCUUUCCCAGAGAGUAUCUUCUCCAGCAAAUCCAUCUUUAUUCUCUCGCAGACCUUCAGCAGGUUAUAGAAGGAAAGCUGGCUCCUUUCUUGGGGAAGGUGAUCAAGUUUGCCACCUCUCACGUGUACAGCUGCAGCCUUUGUAGUCAAAAGGGUUUCAUCUGUGAGAUUUGCAACAAUGGAGAAAUCCUUUACCCCUUCGAGGACAUUUCUACAAGCAGGUGUGAAAGCUGUGGUGCUGUCUUCCACUCUGAGUGCAAAGUGAAGGCUGUACCAUGCCCCCGGUGUGUGCGUAAAGAGUUGCAGAAGAAGCAGAAAUCCUUCUGGAGGCGACUGAAUAUGGACGAAAACUUGGAAGAGUCUUGCAGCAUGUUUGAGUUGUCAUACCAGAACACAUGA